AUGGAUACACCCAGUGGCGAGCCGCUCUCGGCUAUCGAGGAGCUGAUGAGAAUACAGGAGGCUGCUUUGCAGGGCACGUUGGCUGAGGAUGGCUUGACCAGUCCUACAACUGCUCCGGUGCACCAUCGCGAAGAUGGCCCUUCAACGACGGACGCCGUCGAUCACGCGUUCUCAGCUUCUAUGGCCGAUCCAUCUAUCCACAUCAACUCACAGCCUCCUAUUGCGAGCGAUUGGCAUAUGGGAGAGCCUAUCACCUCAUCUACAGAGUUGCCCGUCCUGUCCAGCGCCCCUCCUGGUCCAGCAAUUGCGGCUCCAGCCGAAGACGUCCCCCGGACAGCCAGCAUGGGAGACAUCUUUCCUGGCAAUCUCAUGGCCCCUGAACCCGCCGGCCAAUUACCAGUUACUAUCUCACCCUCUGACAUCAGCAGAUCAAUCGAGCCAGACGAAGCCUUGUCCGGCCUCUCCCAGCACGAUGACCAGCUGUUGGAGAUGCUGCCGGAGGACGAUACCACGGCAGGAGGAAAGAGCACCGCGACAUCACCCGAUGUCGAAGAGCCGUACCUUUCAGGCCCUCCAACAACAAUAGACCAGAGCGAAUACUUGGUCACUGUGUCAUUUCCGGCGAAUAUUCGCCCUUUGUAUCUAAGCACGUUGACGGCCUACAAGCGCGAAAUCGAGAAGUUCAAUAUGGCUUUGCAGUCCGAUGAGGGCUCGCCGGAUCAAGCUACUGUGGAUUCCAUUGGAAGACUCUUUAACCAGCUUCGGGAUAUUUGCGACAUGCCCGCGCCCCUCGACGGUCCUUCAAUCGACGCCUUGUCAGCAAUCGAUCUCAAAAAGCACGCCAUGGGCACCAAUAGCAAGUUCUUCUUUGUUGGUCGGUUCCUGGAGCGACUGCAGACAAGUCACAAGAAGGUUCUUAUUGUUGUGCGUGACACCAGCAUCACCGGCUAUUUCGAAGCUGUGGCUGGAACCGGAGACAUGGCGUACUCCCUCAAGGGCCUGCAUGAGCUUGAAGGCCAGGACGAGCACUCCUUGCUUGUUGUGCUUGUACAUACCGAGCAGCCUCUCGUCGACGAUUUGAGCGAUUUUGAUGUCGUCAUUGGCUUCGACAACGGCAUCAUGCAGACGGAUGUCUUGAGUCAGUGGGCUGAAAUGAGCGGCAAGAAGCCGAUGCUGAUCAGACUCAUGACAACCUGCUCCAUUGAGCACCUCGAGUUGAUGAUGCCGGCGGAGCUUGAGGGCUUGGAGAGACAGAAUGCUCUGCUCAUUGCCUUGUUCCAAGCAAGGGCUCUCAUCGCCAAUGACGAGCAGGGCGAGAUGAUUGACCAGUUCACCUCUCUGUUUGCAAGCCAGGCAAUCGACCCCGACCCCAGCUUUGGAUGGGAGCCUGAACCUAUUCCUUCGUCUGUCCUCGACUUUUACUCCAGCACCCAGCCUCACACCCAGAUGCCGCCCACUGCGGAGGAGUUGACGACCCGCAAGCGCAAAGCCGACGACAUGUCGCAACAGAUCACCAAGCGUCUGCGCGUAAGCCAUUCUCCUGGACGAGCUGCGGGCGACAUCGAUGCGGCAGUCCACAGUCAUCUCAACCCGGACCCGUCCCGCGUGCACAUUCAGACGACUCAAGACCACCUAGACUCUUUGACAACCAAGGUCUCCGAACUCGAGUACCAGAUGGAGGAGAAGACGUCGUUAGAGGUCAACCUUCGCAAGCACAUCACCAACCUCUCUAAAAGAGUCAAGAGUCAUGACAAGACCAUCAAUCUCAUACAAGAAAGACAUAUGGCUGCGCUCCGGGAGCGGAGCCAAUUUGAAGCUCAGCGGGAUCAAGCGCAGCAAAACGAGGGAAAAGCCCAAGAGGAGAGUCAACAGUGGCAGAACAAGGCAAAGAUCUUGGAAGAGGAGCUCAAAAAGAAAAAUGCCACUCUCGAAGAGGCUCUCGUCAAUGCCGGCACAGUCGCUACUGAAGUCUUUAAAGAAAAGACAGACGAGCUCGAGAAGGCUCUGGCGAAGAUCGCGGAGCUGGAGAAGAAGCUCGAAAGCCGCGAUGGCGAACUAGGAUACACUAGAGACGCGUACCAGACGGCCAACCACGUUAACAGCGAGCUGGCCCGGGAGAACCGCGAUCUCAAAGAACAGGUUGACCUGCUGCAGAAGUCGGCGGUGGGCAACCUUGCGCAGGUCCAGAACGUAAACGCUGGAGAACAGGUCAAGGAGAUGCAGCGGCAAAUCGCCGAGACCCAGGCCAUUGCCAAGGACCGCGAGAAGGAGCUCGCUCGCGUCGAAAAGGAGCUGAGGGCUCUCAAGAACGGACGAAGGGAGACGAGACAACAGAGCGUGCCCCGGAGUCCGAGACUAGGCAUGAUGAGCCCGAGAACGGGACGCGCCACAGGGGGUUCGGCCAGCAGGGGGACUUCACCCACGCCGCACGAAUCAGCUGGCGGCACACCCGUCCCAGGCCUGCAGUUCUUCAACACGCCGGCCAACGGCAGAUGGGGCCACCUUCGAGACUAA